UAUCUUCUUCCUCCCGACCCCCCUUGCAUCCCGAAAGCCCCCAAGCUUGCCAACCUCCAUGCUUGGAAAAAAAUUGGAAAAAGGCUUGAAAUUUCUCUUCUUUUCUUGUUCAAUCACCAGAUUUAGGACCUAGAAAUCCCUUUAAAGCCAUAAAUAUUUCAGAUCUGCAGUUUCUCUUCCUCCCCUGUCCGCCGGCUGCUAUGUGGGUGUGUGAUUUUUGGGCAUUUUCGAUCCGUGAGUCUCCCCUGCAGAUUCCGCCGGCCUUCCUCCAAACCCGCCAGCUCCGGCCUUGCUUGCUGAAUUCUGGUGCUGUUAUGCCUUAGAGCACUGGGAUUGAGUUCUCGGUUUAUGCGAUUUGAGGUAAGUAAAUUUAUGGUAAUACCCGUACAAUUUUUAAAAGCAUGUUUUGACUUGUUUUUGAAGUGGUGGCGGGACUAAACCCGUUUUAUACAAAAGUAAGUAUGACUGAUUUGAAGUGAAAUUUUUAUGCUUUUCAUUAAAUUGAGCAUGCCUACUUGAAAUUUAAUUGAUUGUUCUGAUGAUCUGAAAGUGAUUGGUGAAUUAUGAUUUUUUCUGUUAACUUCCUGUUUUGUCUCCGAUGUGGUCAUGUUAUUAGUUUGCCUGCUAGUGGGAGGUUUAUAAACGUUAGCACAUGUCGACAUAUUAUUGAUAGAACCGGUUCGUUUGAGUGACCCUGCUAGUGGGGGUUAUACACCAACAAAUAGUGUAGCUGUCAGUGGGAGGUUUAUAACACUGGCCAUGACCUAAAGAGGAGACGUUUAUUUCGUUUCCGUACUGUAUCUGUUUUUCGUGAUUACACUUGUUGGCAUGCUACAAGUUUAAUAAGAGGCACUCCAUAUUUACUUACUGAGUUAUCUCAUAGUUUUUUUCUUGUCCACCAUUUCAGGAAGCGAAGUCAAGGAUGGGGAAAAACAAGGGAAGUGACAAGUUAGAAGGCUAGCCAUCUUGUAAAUUGAACAUAAAUUUUAAAUAUAAAUUGUGAUCUUAUAAGCUAGACUUUAUUUGGAGAUUUUAUAAUAUAAAUUCAUUUAAUGGAUUGUUAGUUUACAAGAGAUUUGACCUUGAGAUUUUGAGCUUAAGUCAUGUUGGACAUAGAAUUAUUUUGAA